AUGUUAAGGUUCCAGAUUAUAGCCUCUAGCAUUCCCUCAUCAACCACUUCUCUGUUUGCUGCACGUGCUGCUCAGAGGCAGAAGAGGCUACAGGCUGAACAGGCUGAAGCUGCGCCCAAACAGACGGAAACUAAAGUUGCAGACAAGCCGAAGCCGGCAUCACCUGCUCCAGGCUCGCUGCUAUCUAGAAGGUCUCAGAGACCCCCGCAAGACGAGGAGAAACGUUCCAAUGAUGGACCCUCGAACCCGCAGACCGCUGCGCACCCUCGUCCAAGACGGCCCCUUCCAACGGGUACUAAGUCAACACCAGCAGAAACUCGCACAGACCGACGGAGGGAAGUCUCAAGAGCUCCAAGGCCAAAUCGUGUCGUUAAGCCCACCUCGCCCGUCGAGGAUCUCAAUCAGGCGGGCACAGCCAUUUCGCCAGCAUUGCAUGUCAGCUUCAACAACACUGACUUGUCGGAAUUGUUCAGUUCGCCGACCGCCAUUCCUUAUGUUGCUCAGCCAUCAGUUGCCCAGUCACGCAUUGACUCUCGGAUGCAACUCUUGAAAGAACGCGCCGGCGAUUACUCGCGAUAUCUUUCGGGCAAGAUUGACUCUACAACACAGACGCCAGGGUCAGUGGAUUAUGCGAAGAUGAUUUUGGGUCGGAGGAGAGAAGUUGGAUUGAAGCCGAGGCGUACCGCCUUGGAGCUCAUGCAGCAAGCAGGAGUCGAUUCCUCGUCAGCGAGAAAAUAUGGCCACUACUAA